AAUGGAGACAGUGGUGAAGACUGAGAUCAUUCUCUCAGUGUACAUCAUUACCUUCGUGAUCGGCCUUCCCGCCAAUCUCCUGGCUCUCUAUGCCUUCAGUGUCAAGAUCCACUCCAAGCCACUUCCAACAGACAUCCUGCUGCUCAAUCUGACCGUCUCUGACCUUGUCUUUUUGCUCAUCCUUCCUCUUAAGAUGCACGAGGCAGCGUCGGGCAUGAAAUGGACUCUGCCCAGCUUCCUGUGCUCCUUCACCGCCUUCACCUUUUUCACCACUAUCUACUCCAGCUCCUUGCUACUCAUGGCGGUCAGCGUGGUCCGCUACAUAGGAGUAGCAUACCCCAUCACCUAUCAUCAGGUGCUCAAACCUGCGUACACGAUUGCCGCCAGUGCUGUUAUUUGGAUCAUUUCAGCAGCACACUGCAGCAUCACUUUCAUCACCCUGCAUCACCCGUCCCUGGCCAACAAAAACUCCAGUGUGUGCUAUGAAAAGUUUACAGAAAAGCAGUUGGAUAUCCUCCUCCCAGUACGUUUGGAGUUUUUCUUUGUGCUCUGCCUUAUACCUCUUAUAGUUUGUGUUUACUGCUACGUGAGCUGCAUCUGGUUUCUAUACACCCGACCCAGGAUUUCCAACAUGAAGAAGCAGAAAGCCAUUGGCAUGGCUUUGGGGACUCUGGCUGUGUUUCUCAUUUGUGUUGUGCCGUACAAUCUCACUCAUGUAGUGGGUUAUAUCCAGCAUAACAGCCCAGAGUGGAGGUAUUACACAUUGCUACUCAGCACCUGCAACAGCUGUUUUGAUCCAAUCAUCUUCUACUUUUCCUCCUCUGUCUUCCACUGCAAUAGCAAAAAGUCCAUUUUUAAGAAGCGUGGGCUCGCUGCUAUGGAAUUGCAAAAGCAGGGCGCCAGCUCUGGCUAAGAGUAGAAGUACAAUUUCAAUGUUAUGUGUACAUAAUGACCUCUAGCGCUACUUUUUAAAUUGUACAUUACAGACAAGAUAUUAGAAUGUAUAAUGACAUAUUUAACAGUUC